GUGCGUGCUACUUAUAUUGAUAUAAGUAGUAUAUAACGUGAGUCAAAAGAACGUAAUGGCUGGCAGCAGAAGAUGGAGAAGAUCAAGAAAAGAAGAGCGAGAAAACAAUGGAAUUUGUAAGAAAUCGCAUGAGCAAUGAAAUGCGAGACAAUGGAUUGAUGUUUGCAACAGCAACAGCCCGGUUUGAUAUGAUAGAAUGAUAUUUUGCAAAUUAACGAUUUACUAUAUGGUUUUUCUAUUUUACCAAGUAAUUCUGUAAUUUGUCCUAAAUACAAUUUGGCUGUCCUCACCCGUGUUCUUCUUCACUACAUUUGGUGUCGCUGCCUCCACUGAGGAUGAAGAUCCCAUGGCCGAAGGAGUUUGAGGACGGAGAUGUGCUGAGCUUCCUGAAGGAGUUUGAGGCCGUGGCGGAGCUGGUGGGAGUGAAGGAGCCGAAGGCGAAGUUGGUGGUGCUGGGGACGCUGCUGAGAGGCAGGGCGAAGGCGGCGUAUGACAGCCUGGACGGUGCUGGCGAGAAGACCACGUGGGAGGCAGUCACGGGGCGGUUGGCGGCGGAGUUUGACAGCCCAGUGGACAGAGAGGACGCGCUGCAGAAGUUCCGGUUGGCGAGGUUGCCGGUCGAUGGGGACCCACUGGUGCUGGCUGUGGAGCUUACCAGAUUGUUACGCCGUGCUCUGCCGAGUCUGGAUGAGGAGUCGGAGGCACAGUUGUUGGCGUCGCAGUUUAUCGAGAGUGUGCCUGCCACCGUCUCCCAACAGCUGAAACUGGUGAACGCAGCGCAACCGAUGGAUAUCAGUGAACUGGCGAAGGUGACUCGUCAGCUGAUGACGCGAACAGUAGCUCCGGUCGGGUGCGGAAAGCAGGAGAUGAGUAAUGUCGAGAAGAAGAUUGAGGAGCUGGAGCGCGAGAUUGCAGCAAUACGAGUGAACAAUAAAAGGAACGAUAAAUGUUACGCUUGUGGAGGGACAGGACAUUGGAAGAUAAACUGUCCAACAAGACGAAGACGCAGAUAUGUUAGACGAUACAACGAGUGUUCUUUCUAUCCUAGGAAUCUGGGGAUUGUUGCGUUAGUAGACAGAGGGGCAGUAUAUACGAGAGUGAACAUAAAUGAGCGAGAUUUAGUUUGUCUGAUCGAUACAGGUGCAGCAGUAUCGUUAAUAGGCAAAGAACAAUGUAAGAGAAUCAAGCCGUGUACAUUAGCUGUCCACACGAUAGGGGCCAUAUGUUAGAGGUGUUUGGUGUAUCUAACAGUAUCGUAAAAGUGGGGGAUGCGGAGAUAAAUUUUCCGUUCGUCGUAACCACAAGCUUAUCGAGACCGAUAUUAGGAGCAGAUUUCCUAAGAGAAGUAAAAGCGAUAGUUGACUUAAGAAGCGGUAAGGUGGUCACGAAAUAUGGUUCAUUAACAAUACACGAAAGUAGCGAAGUGGCUGAAAUAAGAGUUGCAGCGGAUGUCUCGUCAAGGAAACCAAACAUUCACGAGUUAUGCAAAAAGUAUGCGAAACUAUUCACUGGAGAUGGGGAGCCGUAUGGAUUUUGUGACAGAGUAAAGCACGAAAUACCGAUAAAGAACAGUCGAGUAAAUAUAUUUGCAACACGUCGUGUCCCG